AUGGAUGAAGUUGAUGAUAUCCAUAUAUUCGGAUUCGAGCGCAAGUUCGAGCGCCACCAGGACCUCCUCCAGAGCUUCACCGACGCCGAAACCCUAGACGACGCCUUCAAGUGGAUGGCCAAAAUCGACAAAUUCGAGCACAAGCACUUCCGCCUCCGCCCCGAGUAUUGUGUCGUUGGCGAGCUUCUGAACCGCCUCAAGGUCGCCACUGAAAUCAAGGACAAGUUUGUUCUUCAAAACAAGCUUAAUAGGGCGUUGAGGCUGGUAAGGUGGAAGGAGGCUUAUGAUCCUGAUAACCCUGCCAAUUAUGGUGUCAUUCAGGGGGAGCAGCUGGAUGCUGCGGCUGCCGUCGAUGCGAAGGAAGAGGCUGAGUUGGAGAAGGAGAAACUGAUUGGGGAUCCACCGCGUGAUGACAGUGAUGACCGCGGUGGAUCCGAUAGUGUUCGUUCUGGCUGCAACGAUGAACCUCGUUGUGCAUGCGAGCAAAACCGUUCCCUUCAUUUGAGCGACGUCAUUCGCCGAGCUUCGCGGCCCAGCACGCGAAGGCUUCACUCAGCGUGGGCGAGGAGGACGUGGUGGUUGGGUGCUGCACGGGGAUGA